AUGGGCGAAGAACCAUGGUAUCUACUCAAACGAUUUCUCGGAGGUGUGACAUGGGCCAUAUUAGUAGCACGAACAUGUCAAUUGUAUCCCAACGCUUCACCCUCCAAAUUGCUUCUUAAAUUCUUUCUAGUAUUCGUUACAUGGGAAUGGCCCCUUCCUGUUGUUCUGAAAGACAUGGAUACUAGUUGUCGGCCUGAUAUUGGAAAUCUCCAAGAAUUAGUAUGGGAUCCUCGAAUUCGCGGAUCCGAUAGGUUCCAUCUCAUGCCCAUUCUCACCCCCGCUUUCCCUGAGCAGAAUUCCACAUUCAACGUAACGAAUUCAACAAGAAGCAUAAUGAUUAAUGAGAUGAAAGAAGGGCUUGAAAUCAUGAAGGAUAUUUAUGAAGGUCGUGCAGAAUGGUCUAAGCUUUUCGAAGAAGUGAAUUUCUUCACGAGAUACAAACACUUCAUUUCUCUCACCUGUGCGGCACGAUCGGAAGAAGAUCACUUGAUAUUCUGCGGUUUUGUUGAAUCGAAAAUUCGACACUUGAUUGGAGCUCUCGAACGGAAUCAAGGCAUUUCAUUAGCGCAUAUCAAUCCUCGGCAAUACAAACCGCUACCUAUAUGA